GGGCCAGAAUCUGGUCUUGACAUUUGAUACCGGUAUGGCACGGGCGAGCAUCUCACCCCCAUCACCAUCAUCAUCAUUCGAAACCCUCAGUAUCGUAGGGUCAGAUACAAACGGUAGCUCUUUACCACAAGACUGCUGACAGCUUUAGCAUAUUCUCUUUGUUCCGGCCAUACCAUUUUUCUUCGCCAUCACCAUCAAACUUCGCUACGAUUGACCACCGUACCCUCUCUCUGCUCGGCCGGGGGAAGAGUUACCGGCAGUCUAGUUACUCGCCUCACUUCACUGAAGGGAUAGAGUAACUCGCCUCAUUUAUUCGCUUAACAAAAUAUGGAGUACAUCCGGGUCGCUAAAGUAUGUGUCUCCCCUAUCUCCUCCCCGCCCCAAGGUGCUUGUGAACAAUCAGCUAACACAGAGGUACCUGACGACUUCAAGGUCGAGAACGUGACCAUCCUACAUCACGGGCAGCCGACAGUUGGGACCCUCCACCUUACUCCCCACCAUCUCAUUUUCCGAAUUGAUCCCGAAGCUGAAUCGUUUUCUCAAUCGGCUUCCCAAACUCCACCCCCACAAGCAAAGCCUGUAAAGCGGCCCCGGGAAAUAUGGAUCACAUAUCCAAUAAUUUCUACACUCUUUCGACAUCCAGCGAGUGCCGCUUCACCGGCCCAUUUGCGGCUGCGGAAUCGAGAUUUUUCCUUCCUUACUUUCCAGUUCAAGACGGAGCGGGAGUGCAGAGAUGUUUUUGAGUCGAUCAAAGCACUUACCAUUGUCAAAGGGGUGGAAAACCUUUACGCUUACUCUUACGCCCCAGGCUCUAUUGAGAAAAAAUUCAACGGGUGGAGGAUAUACAAUCCCCUCAAGGAAUACGAGAGGAUGGGCAUUGGCACUGAAAGAUGCAAAGGGUGGAGGAUAUCAAAAAUCAAUAAAGAUUACGCUGUGAGUUGAUACCUCUUUUUGAGCGUGCUCCGAAUGGGAGCUAAUUUCAAGUAGUUUUCUCCAACCUACCCUGGAUUGUUGGUUGUUCCAGCCACAAUAAGUGAUACGACCUUAAGCCAUGCCAAGAACUACCGGUCCAGGGCGAGAAUACCCGUCUUAACGUGAUUCCCCCGCCUUAUGAUGAGGGAUAUCGUACUAAAAUUCGAAUAGUUAUAUCCACCCGCUCAACAACUGCUCCAUAACCAGGUGUUCACAGCCGCUAACGGGCGUCCGUGGGAACCGUAGCAUACAGGAUGAGAAGCUCGUCGCUGCCAUUUUCGCCUCGUCACAACCACAGAAUCUGCCCCAAACGCUAGGGCAACCCGAAACUUUCAAUUCAUCCCCUUCCGGCUCCUAUACUAAUCUCGGGGCUCUGUCACUGGAUUCCGAUGCAUGCACUGCUAGCUCCCCUCCCGAAGCCACAGAACCACCACCAAAAAUAUACGGGGCGCAACAAAACAAUCUGAUCGUGGAUGCCCGCCCCACUGUGAAUGCAUAUGCUAUGCAGGCGCUGGGCAUGGGGAGCGAGAACAUGGAGAACUACCGGCACUUGUCUUCGCCGCCUUGCACAAAGACUUACCUUGGCAUUGAGAAUAUUCACGUCAUGAGGGAUUGUUUGAACAAGGUAAUCGAAGCUAUCAAGGAUUCGGACCUCUCUCCCCUACCUCCAAACCGGGAAAUGCUUAUUCGCUCGGGGUGGACGAAGCAUAUUGGGACGAUGUUGGAUGGAACAGUAGUAAUUGUACGGCAAAUUGCCCUCGAGCAUAGCCAUGUUCUCAUUCAUUGCUCCGAUGGAUGGGAUAGGACCAGUCAGCUUAGCUCUCUAGCGCAAAUCUGUCUCGAUCCAUAUUUCAGAACCAUAGACGGGUUCAUGGCGCUGGUGGAGAAGGAUUGGGUAAGCUUUGGUCACAGGUUCCGUGACCGUUGUGGCCCCCUCGGGAGUGAUAAGUGGUUCAUAGAGAAGAGUGGAAACGGAGUAUCUGCAGAGGAAGCAUACCUCGGCUCUGAGGACGAUUCACUCGCUUCUCGAAACGGUGGUCCCGGGACAUUCGCAACUGUAGCAAACGCCGGUGGGGGCCUCGGUGAGGCUUUGGAAAAGGGCAUUGGGCAAGCAAAGCUCUUUUUCAACACUGUAGGCGUCGUGCCAGGACGUGCCUCUUCGUCGGCGAGCAAUGGCACGGAACUGUUAGAUGGCGCAGAGGACUAUUCAACCUCACCACCUCCCGACCGUAAAACAAAACCAGCAAACGCAGCGACAACCCCAGUAACAUUAACCAAGCCAAAAGAGGUCUCCCCAGUGUUUCACCAAUUCCUCGACGCAACCUAUCAACUCCUGCACCAGAACCCCACACGCUUUGAGUACAACGAACGCUUCCUAAGAAGACUCCUCUAUCACCUAUACUCUUGCCAGUACGGUACCUUCCUUCAUAAUAAUGACAAGGAACGCCACGACGCGCGGAUCCAGGAGCGUAGCCGCAGCGUAUGGGACUACUUUCUCGCUCGGAGGGAAAUGUGGAUCAGCGAAAAGUACGAUCCUGCUGCCGACGGGGCUGAUAGGGAGAGGGAAAUUGAUGGGGGGAGGGUGUUGUUCCCGAAGACUGGCGCGGCGAUCAGAUGGUGGGAGGAGUGCUGGGGGAGAGAAGUGGGGGAGAUGAACGGGAGCGCUAUCAGUUUGCCUGCUACAAGUUUUCCUGAGGAAUGGGGUGGGAGUGGAACUGGAGGUGGGGGAGGAAGGGGGACCAGUCCGGCGCCCGGAUGGCAGAGUGGGAGCGUGGGUGGGAGCGUGGGUGGGAACGAUAAAGGGAUAGAAGUUGAGAUGAUGUAG